GUCCCCCCCCCCCCCGCAAUUCGCGACAUCCGCCCGCAAGAGAGGAAAUCCCCUCAGCCGAGUCGGGUACCGGAGCACGCGCAUCCCGCGCGUAUCCCCUUCGCGGAGUCCAGGGCCACCCGUCCGGGUACCCUGCCCCUGCCCGCGCGUCCCGACGCCCUCCACCGGUGCUAGCACCAGGAGCGGGCGUCGGCAGCAGCAGGCGGCGCAACUAUCGGUCACGAUGCCGGUCCUCACCGAGUUCUCUAACAAGAAGCCGCUGCACGUGUGCACCUCUCUGGGCGAACUCAACAACCUGGCCCAGGUGAAGAUGGAGAAGACCAAGUCCCCGCGACGCUACGCGCAGUCGGCAAGUAAAGUGCUAAAGCAAGCGGAGGUGUACGGGCUGGAGCGCGACGAGGAGAACGCCUACAUGCUCUACAUGCGCUUCCUGCAUAUCGUAGACCACCUGCGCAAGACGCCAGAGUUCGUACGGGACAAGGGGUUCUUCCUGUCUCUGCUGGGGAGCGACAACUUUAGCAAGGCUGUGAGAGAGGCAGAGCGGCUCUCCGAGAGCCUCAAAAACAGAUAUGAGGAGGCCGAGGUUCGGCAGCGGUUGGAGGAGCGAGAGCGAGCGGCCGGGGAAGACGCCGCUUUCCGGGAUGAAGGCGUCGGAGACGACGACUAUGACGACGAGGAUGACGACGACUUUAAUCGGAGGCACGGCCCCCUGGGCAAUGGCGCUGCCACGGGCGGCACGCGGCUCCCGGAGACCAGGAAACGCACGUCGGGGUCGCCUGGCUCUCGGUCUCAGCCGGGCGCAGAGGUUGCGCCGACAGAAUCGAACUCCCACACCGGCCCCUGCCGCACCAGCAUCACGCCGCAGCAGCUCUAUUCUAUGCUCAGCGACGGUGAUGUCCAGCUGGUGCUGAUGGACGCACGGCCCUCCAUCGACUACGCGGCCUCCCACAUCAUGUCGGUCCGCUGCAUCAGCGUACCGGAGGAGGCCAUCAACCCGGGGACCACAGUGGCGCAGAUAGAGGUGGGCCUGCCCCAGGAGUCGCUGUCGCUGUGGGGCGACCGGGGCAGGGUAGACUACGUGCUGCUCCUGGACUGGAGGAGCCGCCCGGAGGACGUUUUGCUGGGAACGACGCUGCACAGCCUACGCGACGCCAUCUACAAGUGGGACAGCAUGACGAUCCUGCGCAGCCAGCCGCUGGUGCUGGAGGGCGGCUACGAGAACUGGCUGCUGCACUACCCCAUGUGGUGCAGUGAGCCACAUGUGCAUGUGCCAGCCAGGCCGGGGCCACCCAGCACCCAGCCUGAUCUCUUGGAACUCAACUACCCCUCGCUGGAGGAGCCCCCACCUCCCCCGACCCCGGCCCCUCCCCCUGCCCCUCCCCCCUCCGUGCGGGACGUGGGGUCCUACACUCUCGUCGCGGGUGUCCGACCGGAGCCCGAGCAGAGUGGUGGUGGCGCCACUGCCUCCGCCGCGGCAGGUGCCCCAGGGGGCUCGCUGGAUGCCGUGCCCUCGGGCCGUCCCACCGCUGCAGCCAAGAGCAUUCCUCAGGUGGACCGCUCCAAGAAGCCGUCGGUGGCGGCCGCGGGGCCCAGCCCGGUGUCCGCAGCCGCGGCAGUGCCCGGCCCGGAGUGGCUGUCUGCGCGCGAGCGCGAGAAGAUUGCGCGCGACGCCGCAGGAAUCAAGGAGAAGGCGCGCGUGGAGAAGGAGAAGAGGAUGAAGGCCGAGGAGGUGAAGAAAAGGAGGGCAGCGGAAGAGGAAGAGAAGAGGAAGUGGGCAGAGGAGGAAAAGAGGAAGGCGGAGGAGAGGCAGAAGUUGGAGGACGAGGAAAGGGCGAGGAAAGACCACGUGGAGAGAACACGGAGAGCACGUUUAGAGAAGGAGGAAAAAGAGAGAGACAAGGGUGGAGCUGUGCCCUCCCCUGCCAUCGGGUCUGCCAGAGAGAGCCCUCCACCUCACGCGCCGGACGUGCGAGCAGAACGGCUGCGCCAACAGCAGGAGGAAGCGGAGAAUCGACAGCGCGAGGAAGCCGAGCGGGUCUCCAGGAUUCGCGAGAAGGCGGAGCAGGAUCAGCGUGGCAGGAUGCAGGACGGCCGCAUGGGACCGUCGCGGCACACCCCGGACAGUCAUGCUGACGUCCACCCGACCCAGCCGGGCCCUACGGCCCGCACCGCCGCGACCCAGGGGGGCGAGCGGGACCGGCCGCGCCUGCAGCGCUCGUUCUCUUCGCCCAAUGUUGCCCAGCUGGGGAUGGGCAUUGACGAGGAGGACGAGCGGACAUUGGUGGACGGGGGGCUUCGCCCCAAGCCACAGUUCGACCGCGCCAGCAAGCCAGUGCCUGUGGCGGCGGUGCGGGCGCAGUCCUCGGCGAUUCUGCCGAUGCGCCACCUCAACCCGACAUACGGUGGAAUGGGCCGCGCGCUUACGGGUCUACGCAACCUGGGCAACACAUGCUACAUGAACUCGGUGGUGCAGUGCCUGAGCAACACCACGUCGCUCGCAGAGUACUUCCUCACUUCGCAGUAUGUCAACAAUAUCAACAGGAACAACCCCCUUGGCCGCAAGGGCCAGGUGGUGGAGGAGUUUGCAGUUAUUGUGCGCGCACUCUGGUCGGGCCAGUACCGCUCCAUCACCCCCCGCGACUUCAAGUUCAUGAUUGGCCGCCUCAACGAUCAAUUCUGUGGCACGGAGCAACACGACUCGCAGGAGCUGCUCAUCUUUCUGCUCGACGGCCUGCACGAGGACCUCAAUCAGGCAAAGCGUGUGCGCGUGAAGGAGGAGAAGACGGAGCACCUGUCCGACUCAAUGGCGGCACAGCUCGCGUGGGACGCGUACAAGCAUAUCAACGAGUCCAUCCUUGUCACCCUCUUCCACGGGCAGUUCCGCUCCACCAUCAAGUGUCUCACCUGCCAGAAGGUGUCGCGCACCUUCGAGGUCUUCAUGAACCUGACACUGCACCUGCCUUCUGACACCACCUCCAAGUGCACGCUGCAGGACUGCCUGCAGAUGUUCUCCAAACCCGAGAAGAUGACAGAUGCCAACCGCUACCUGUGCAGCCACUGCAAGCAGCGGCGCGAGUCUGUCAAGACGAUGGAGAUCUGGAAGCUGCCACCCGUGCUAAUCAUCCAUCUAAAGCGAUUUUCCUACUCGGGCCGCUGGAAGCAAAAGUUGCAGACGAACGUGGGCUUCCCGCUCACGUCGCUGGACAUGAAGCCGUACAUCAUCAACAAAGAUAAUCGAUACUCCGAGUACAACCUGUACGCCGUAUCGAAUCACUACGGCUCUCUGGAUGGCGGCCACUACACGGCGUACACGCACAACACGGUCCGCGACAGCUGGUUCAAGUUCGAUGACCACGAGGUGGAGUUCAUCUACCCCAAGAACGUGUCGACCUCCGCAGGAUACAUCCUUUUCUACUCAGCCCUCCCACAACAACCCCCCCGCAUGGACAUAUUCUAGCCACAUGGCUAGCCACACGGCUAGCCACACGACUAGUUGAUCUUAUCGGCCGGCUAGGUGCUCACCUUGUCAAUUCACCAGCUGGUCUUUUUAAUCAUCCACCUAUUCUUACUCGCAGCCAGUCGAUGUGUUUAGCUAUUUGAGUAGCCACUCUCUUAGCCAAGCAGUAAUCAAUACGGUUAAGUAGGCACCUAGUAAGCUAGACAGAAAUAAGGUGGAAUGUGUAACUUGCAAGUCCGUCAGGUAUUUAGUAGCAAGCUGAACGGUUAACCGGCUGGUCAGCCAGUGGAUAUGCCUGUGGGCCAACAAAUUACCUGAGCAGCUGGCUAGUUGGGGGCCACAGCCAUGCAGGGUUGAACCCAGGGCCUAAUUUCAUCUGGAUCUUGUACCAGGUCAGUGACCUGUAAAAUAAUUAUGCACCCAGCACACCACAUCCGGUAUGGCUUAUCGCUAUGGCUGUGGCUACUACUGCUGAUCUCAUGCCACCCUCUCCAGUCUGCCAGAGGACUCGGAAAAUCUUCAGUGACAAAUGAUGCCGUGGAGCAGUCCACGUGGGGACACGGUAUUCUACGGUCAAGAGACCAUGGCCUCGCACAGCGGACGAUUGUUCGCUGAUGCCGUGUGUUGGGUGAGCUGCGUUAUGGCUUUUGAUGAAGAGGAAGCGUGCACUUUCAGCUCCGCGCGGCGACGCUGCGGCAGGCCCUGCACCGUGACACUGGUGGAGUCGAGGUCCUGCCGCUCUCCGUGGGUGUUGCUUGUGUGGAGGAGAAGCAGGUGAGGGAUUGGAGUCACGUCCGAGGUGAUCUUCAGAGACGGCUGGAGCUCGCGGUCUUUUCCUAUAUUAAGUUUUGGCCCCCACGUAACCCAUUUCGGCCGGUGGUGGCACAGUGGUGACAUUUGCACCUUACAGGAAGGAGAGCCUGGGUUCAAUUCCUGAAUCGGGGGCCUUUCUGUGUGGAGUUUGUACUCUCCUUGUUCUGCAUGGGUUUCCUCUGAAAUGUUUGGUUUCCUAUAGAUAAAAAUAAACCACACAUUACUCAAUUGAGAUCUCACACACAGCAGCAACAUCACAGCCUCCUGCACAAACUUGGCAGGACCCUCCUGAAUAAAGAGUCUUGAAACUGAGGCUUUCCUGCGUAAACAAGCGUAGUCAUAAAAUUCGUUCAUUCCAAAAAGAAGCUUCUCGUCAAGAAAAUGUUUUCCCUAUGAUUCGAUGCCGGCACCCGGGUUGAAUGUUCGCACAGUUUAUUAUGCGGGUGUCGACACUAAGAGAAACGUGGUUCAUGUCGAAGAGAAUAUUCUGUAUCCUUGCAUCUCUGCGCUCGUGUUGGAUCAACAAUGGUGAGGUAUUGAGGUGUAUAUAUGGUGGUGACGUGGACCGUUUCUGUCGAUUCUGUUCAUCAUUGGAGCUUUUAUCUUCGGCUGCUGGCGGAGGUUGGAGGUUGGCGCCGUGCGUUUGCCGGCCGUCGUUCGUCCUGCCUUGCUUUAAAUAAACGCGGCUGUCUCCUGG